CAGCAGUUCUGUGUAUACCUGUGCUUGCAAACAGAGGGAGCGCGCAUUAGCCAAAUGGACCCGGUGGAUUUUACUUGAGGAGCGACAGAAACGGGACUAUUCAAACAAUUAGCAAUGUCUUCAUAUUGCAUUGCAUGGAUUUACGGACUGUUGCUUUCCACGUUUUUGAAGAGGUAACGGUAAAGGUGCAUGCAUACCAACAUGGAUUACCUUUUCCUUUUGCUUUGGAGUUUACAAGUCCCACUGGUAAACUGCACAUCAUUUAGAUUGCUGGCAAGUGUGUCGUUUGGGAACUUUAUAAAGGCUGUGCAGUUCUGUUGUUUACACUCUGUGGCAUCGGUCUCAUUUACCGGAGACACCGGCGGACUGCAUCAAGAUUAUGAUUUUGCCACACCAGUGGAAGUGGACUUCUAUGGAGGCUACAUUUCCCAUGAUGUGUCAAGACAUGGACGGAGUAGAAGGUCUCUGUCAGAAGCUGGCAAUUCAGUGCACUAUCAUGUCUCUGCCUUUGGCAAGGAACUACAUUUAGACCUUCAGCCAUCUCACGUGCUGGCAGAGGGGUUUACCUUACAGACACUGGGUGCAGAGGGCAUCCACACAGCAACAAUUAACCCCUCUAUUCAUAACUGUCUCUAUCAGGGUUCCAUACGAAACCAUUCUGAUUCAUCUGUGGCUUUAUCCACCUGCAGAGGUCUGUCAGGCCUGAUCCGUUACUCCAGUGAGGAACUUCUCAUCACUCCACUACCACAGCAUUUAGCUUUACGGCACAACUACAGCGCCCCCUCUGGACAUCACCCACAUGUCAUCUACAAGCGGUCAGCAGAGCGUAGAGUGCAUGCUGAUAAAACUGACCAGACCAGGAGCUUUAAAUCAACCAACCCCUAUGAAGACCAUUACCAUCAUCGCCACCACCAUCACCAUGAUUACCAACACGGAAAGCUCCAGAGACAACAUUUCUGCGGACGCCGCAAGCAAUAUACUCCCAAGCCUCCUACAGAGGAUCAUUUUGUCAUGCCUGACGAGUUUGAGCAGCAAAUCCGAGUGAAACGCUCAGAGAUCACAUCGAGCAAAGAGGGUGGGCUGAACGUGGAGACUCUGGUGGUGGCAGACCGGAAGAUGCUGGAGAAACAUGGCAGAGACAAUGUCACUACCUAUGUCCUUACUGUCAUGAACAUGGUCUCAAGUCUUUUCAAAGAUGGGACUAUUGGGAAUGAUAUCAACAUUGUUGUGGUCAGCCUCCUCCUACUUGAGAAAGAUCCGCUGGGCCUGUCUAUCAACCACCACGCAGACCAAUCCCUCAACAGCUUUUGCCAGUGGCAGUCGGGCCUUGUAGGUAAAAAUGGCAAGCGGCACGACCAUGCUAUACUGCUGACAGGGCUGGACAUCUGCUCCUGGAAGAAUGAACCGUGUGACACCUUGGGUUUUGCUCCAAUAAGUGGGAUGUGUAGCAAAUAUCGGAGCUGCACGAUUAAUGAAGACACAGGGUUGGGCCUUGCUUUCACAAUCGCUCAUGAGUCGGGACAUAAUUUUGGAAUGAUCCAUGACGGAGAGGGGAAUCCCUGCCGGAAGACUGAGGGGAAUAUAAUGUCUCCAACAUUGGCCGGGAAUAAUGGUGUUUUCUCGUGGUCUGCAUGUAGUCGGCAAUACCUUAACCGUUUUUUAGGUACAGCUCAGGCUUCGUGUCUAGUGGACGAGCCCAAGCAGAUUGGCCAGUACAAGUAUCCUGAGCAGCUUCCAGGUCAGCUGUACGAUGCAGAUAUACAGUGCAAAUGGCAGUUUGGCUCAAAGGCAAAACUAUGUGGCCUGGACUUUGUAAAGGACAUCUGUAAAUCAUUGUGGUGCCACAGAACAGGACACCGGUGUGAGACCAAGUUCAUGCCUGCUGCCGAGGGCACCAUCUGUGGAGCAGACAUGUGGUGUCGAAAAGGACAAUGUGUCAAAUUUGGUGAUCACGGUCCUAAAGCAGUGCAUGGCCAGUGGUCAGGCUGGUCUGAGUGGUCUGACUGUUCACGUACCUGUGGUGGAGGGGUCAUGUACCGAGAGAGAUCCUGCAACAGCCCCAGCCCACAGCACAACGGCAAGUUCUGCCAAGGCCCCGGUCGACUGCACCAGCUGUGUAACACCAAGCCAUGCCAGUCCGAUGGAGUGGACUUUAGAGCUCAGCAGUGUGCAGAGUACAACAGCAAACCCUUCAGGGGAUGGUACUACAAAUGGAAGCCAUACACCAAAGUGGAAGAAGAGGACAUCUGCAAGCUGUACUGCAUUGCUGAGGACUUUGAUUUUUUCUUUGCAAUGUCCAGCAAAGUCAAAGAUGGGACAUCUUGCUCUGACUACAGAGGGGGCGUGUGUAUAGAUGGGAUAUGUGAGCCGGUGGGCUGUGACCAGGUGUUGGGAUCAAAGGCCACUCUGGAUGCCUGUGGGGUGUGUAAAGGAGACAACUCCACCUGCAAGUUCUACAGUGGCCAGUACACCCUCCAGCACAGAGCCAAUGAGUAUUACCCUGUUGUGAUGGUUCCUGCCGGCGCCAGGAGCAUUCAGGUGCAGGAGAUGGAGAUUUCCAACAGCUACCUGGCUGUCCGCAGCCUGAAGCGUGGCAUUUAUUACCUGACGGGGGAUUGGACUGUGGACUGGCCGGGCAGGUUCCAGUUUGCCGGUACUACAUUCAACUAUCAGCGCUCUUUCAACCGGCCUGAGACGUUGUUCGCCACAGGCCCCACUAAUGAGACCCUGCUCUUUGAAAUUCUUCUUCAAGGUAAAAAUCCUGGUAUAACAUGGGAAUACACUCUACCACAUCCAGAGAAAAAGCACAACUACACCUGGUCUGUUGUGCGCUCUGACUGCUCAGCACCUUGUGCGGGAGGUCGUGUAUCGACGAAAGCCAUUUGUCUGCAGGAUCAGCAGACGCAGGUCAACUCUUCCCUCUGCAACCCUCAGACCAGACCGGUGGUUGGCUCUCACCUGUGCAACACACAGCCCUGCCCUGCAUACUGGACCACAGGUAAAUGGGGAGUGUGCAGCAGAACAUGUGGAGGUGGCCAGCAGACGAGAAACAUCCGCUGCCUGAGGAAGGUGACAUACCAGCGGGAGGAGGUGGCUGCUCAGUCCUUGUGUCCAGUAAUGGCUCCUGCUCAAUUACAGCCCUGCAACACACAGUCAUGUCCUCCAGAGUGGAGCACUGGCUCCUGGACACAGUGCUCGAAGACCUGCGGACGAGGCUUGAAGAAACGCAGUGUUUUCUGCAGGAGCACUGAUCCAGGUGCCAGGGCUGUGGUGGUGCCUGACAGCAUGUGUAAAUUACACCUGAAGCCCAAAGCCCAGGAGAGCUGUGUGCUGAGCCGCUGCCCCAAGAAUGAGCGUCUUCAGUGGAUAACUAGGGCCUGGGGAGAGUGUUCGGCCUCCUGUGGAGCAGGAGUAAGGAGAAGAGAGCUCCACUGUGGAGAAAAAGACUCUCAAGGAGGCUACACCGAGUUCCCUGCAAGGAGGUGCAGGAACUUACAAAAGCCUGAAGCAGAUCUUGAGCAAUCCUGUAAUAACGGCCCUUGCCCAGAGCCCCUGGCACCCCAGCUCCUCCAGCCUGGCGGUCCUUCUGUGACACUGGGCUGGUACUCUUCUCCUUGGCUGCAGUGCACGGUGUCCUGCGGCGGUGGGGUGCAGACACGCAGCGUUCAGUGCCUGAGACAGGGGCGUCCGUCAGUGGGCUGUUUCCCUCACCAGAGACCCAUAAGCUCACGGGCCUGCAAUACACACUUCUGUCCUGCUCCAAUCCCAGUGCCAGUUCCACCUCCUUCACCCACUCUUAAAGAAGACCAGCCUUGCAUUGACUUCUUCAGCUGGUGUCAUCUGGUGCCUCAGCAUGGUGUUUGCAAUCACAAAUUCUAUGGUCAACAAUGCUGCAAGUCCUGCUCUGCAAAGAGACAGUAAAGCAGAAAAUCUUCACUUCCCUCAGGCCUCCUCACUGACUCUGAGAUCUGUAAAUCCUUGUGAUAAUUAUGGCCACUAUGGACAAAGUUGAUAUUUGCGAGAUGUGGUACAGAAAGAGGAAUUCCAGCAGUCCGUGUCUUGGACUGAUGAGAGAUAAUGAGAGCCUGGUGUCUGAGGAACUCAAAAACACAUUGGACUGAUUCUACAGAACAUUUGUAUUGAUGCAAGCAUCAGUUCAAGCCAUUAAGAGACAGCUCUAUGCUACAGAACAUUGAAGAGAACCAUUGGCGUUACUUUAGUGAACGUGUGGCUGUGCACGCCUGAAGUACUGUAGAAUUAGCGUUUCUUCUUUGAGCUCCAGACGAACCCAUGAAACAAUGUUUACCUGCAAAGUACUGAAAACAGAAACACCACAUCCUCAGAGCUCAUUCACAUGCCAUUUUUGUUCCACUGCACUGCUUUUUAAUUAAUUUUCAUGUAAACACUUACUCAAAGUGAAGUUUCAUGAACUAAUUUGGAGAGGAGCACGUGAUAUCCCAACAGACACACAAAAUCAUAAGCCGUUAAUAUUAGGUUAGAUUUAGGUCAUUACGUCAGCUGACCAAAAUUUUAUGUCUAGCCAGCAUCUAAGGACAAUGUUAUUUUGACGUCCAAUAGCGACAUCAAAUUACGUUGAUAUUUGGUUGAUUUUUGGUUGUGUUGGAAAGUGAUCAAAAUCCAAUGUCUGACAGAUGUCAUAGGGGUAACGUCCACACAACCUCAAGGUGUAACAUGAUUAGAUGUUGAUUUUAGAUUGGACGUUGACGUUGGCCUGACGCUGAUUUCUGAUGCCAACCCGAUUUUCAUUUCCAAACUAAAUCCAACAUCUCCACGACGUUGGGGUAUUUGGGGUACAACGUCAACAUGACAUCAUGUUGAUUUCCUGUUCCUGCAGGGAUGAUUGAUCGCGGCUGGUCUCCCAUCAGUAAUCAUUAGUAAGCCAAUCAGAUGAAUCCAAACUCACUAUAUAUAGCCCAUUUAGUAAUACUCCCAUAUCUUCAUUCUUUGAAGAAUCCCCCAUCCACCCCAUCUUCCCCUUUUCCUUCUUUACCAGGGGGAGCUUUCGAGAACUAUCUGAUCUCGGACACCCUUACAUGCUCAUUGACCAGGCGGGGGCCCUGGGCUCAAUUAUCUCCGAGCUCAGGGUUCUCUCCCGGGACAGCAUGUCAAUCCUGCUAAUGUUAUGAAGCAAUAUCUAAGUGUGAACUCUUGAAAUAUGUCUUUCUCUGUUCCGUGCCUCACUGCUUUUUCAGUGUUUUGCACAGGAGAGUCUUGUUUUCGUGACAAUCGUCUAUGUAUCUCCUGUUUUAAUGCGUAUUUUGUGAAUGACAACAUUUUAGACCACCCAGAAAACUUUUUUAAUGCAUUUUGGCCAUUAUUUACACAACAGCAACAUUUUGAGGGCCUGAAAUGCAAACUUUGGAGAAUGCAUUUUCGUCUUUGUGUAAAAGAAAAAGAUGUAGUAAAAGAUGAAACACGAUGUAGUAAAAACAUUGGCAUUAUGUACCUUACAACAGUCAAAAAACACUUUGCUUUAAUUUAAAUUGCAGAUUGGAGUUCCAGUUUGAUUUCGUUCAUGCUAAAUUUGCUAAAAAAAAAAGCUGAAAAAGUAAGCACAUUUUAAUUGUAAUCAGGGUAUCUUCCGUCCAUUCCAUAUCCGUUUAAAAAAAAUCUGUUUGCUUUUUCUUUUGCUAAAAAAGAACGAAAAAAAAAACGUAAGAAAACUUUAAAAUUCAUUGUACACAUGUAGGCGAUGCUGAAACGCCUCUGCGGAUCA